AAUUUUUCCUUCGUAAGUAUCCUCCAGACCAGAUGUUCUCUAGUGGAAGUACGGGACUGAGCAAACAUUAUCAGCCCAAAAAAUAAGGUUGGUUUUUGGGAUACAUUCCUAAGUUUGUUUUGUUUGCUUAACUGACUAAUCGUUGAACCUCUUACGCCAAAUCAGCAAUUUCAUUGAUUUAGGUGAUAAAGCAAUACACACAUAGAAUUGAAAAUAUGUGGAUGAGUGUGUGGGGAACUAGACAUGAAGCUGCCAACAACAUAUUUUCGUUAAAUUCCUAAAUUCUUUGUUAGGGCAAAAAUAUGUCACUAACAUCCUUAAAAAUUUUAUUUUAUUUUUGGCCCUUUAUGGUCCGUUGGUUAGUGGUGCAUGGAAGGGGAGUAUCAUCUGCUCACUGAGUGCCCUGCUUUGACAUGGGCAAGAUUGGGAGUUUUCGGAAUGGCCCUGAUCGAUCCGGACUCAGUGCACGGUAUUGGGCUAAAGGAGUUGCUAACCUUCUAUAGGAGGGGCGGCAUUCUGGACGCCCUCUAGAGCGGUCUGGGAGCACAACGGGUCCAUCUGGUAGCAUAAGUGCUUAGACGCCCAUCUUUAAUACCAAUACCAAUUCUUUUUAUGUAUUAAAUAUUUUUUUUGCUAAGUUUGAAAUGAAUCACCAUGAUGGGAUUCAAAAUAAAAGUUCCAUUUUUAAUUUUUUUCAAAAAAUGAUCAGAAGGCUUUAUAAGGCCCCCAUAUGAUAACUGUUGUACCCAAGAGGGAAUGCUGUAAUGAUGAUCUGCGCUAGGAAACCUGCAAUGUACUCCAAAGCAUCUUCAGUAGUUUCCUUAGCACCCUGAAUAAAAUCAGAUUGAUCCUUAGAUCCACUUGAGGAAACUGAUGAAAAUGAUGAGUUGCUUUGGGACUCAUUAUGUAAAUUGUAAACCGGCGUGUCUUUAAUGUCAACUUGUGCAGUUUCCAAAACUUUGGUACAAAUAAUGUAAACGUUUAAAACUAGCUCUUCUGUAUUUACUUUAGAACCUAAAAUACCAGAAUUUUUUCAUUUAUCAUUUUCAGUACCUACAUUUUCGAGAACUUGCUUUUUUAUCAAUAGAGUUGUUAUUGCACCCAUACAUGGCACAUCUCGUUCCAGGCAUACCUAACUAUUUUUUUAUUUAUCCCACUGAAAAAGGUAAAAGAAAUGUAUUUCUUACCUUUACCUAUAUUAUUAUAUGUAAUAUUUUGAGCUUACCUCCUAAUUAAUAACACCGCUAAUAAGCAGCACGAACACAAAACACUUUAAGUAUUUGUUUAAGGUUAAAAAUACUGUUUUUCUCAGUUCUCGCCACUCAAGCACAUACAAUUUUAAAGUAUUUGUUAAAGCUUAAAAACACUAUUUUGUCCAAGUUUUUUUUUACAGAAAUACAAUUAACACAAACAUAAGCGCACUACUCGCUAGUUUAAAUUAUUUUAAUUGUUCAAAGAACGCAAAAUAAUACGGUUUAAUACGCCUUCAAAUCCAUUUUCAAAAUACACAAAAACCGUUAGAGGACUUCGUAUACGUCACAAGCGACCACGUGCGAUCGAUAAUUUUGGCGAACAUGUCUUAUGGGAUUGGGCAAUCCUAUUAGGUUUACGAUACUUGGUUGAGUUACACUUUAAUAUAUUUUCAGUUGUUAUUUUUACUGAAAGAUGUGUGACAUUGAUGUAUCAGUUGAAGGCCAUUUUGUUGAUUUAAUUGAUGAUGCAUGGAGGGCAGAUAAACUUCCAGAAGAUGAUAUUGAUGUUCCUUUGUAUGAGUUAGCAGAUCCCGAAGCCGAUUCUGGGGAAGUUCAUCUGACUUUGAAAGAACAAGAACAAAAGUGGACAGAUAUUAUGUUACCCAUUCUAAGUGAACAUCAAUAAAUAUGGAGUUACCUGA